UUCGGCCGUCGUCGGGACCACCGUACCAGUCUGCCUCGAUCGGCAGCAUUAGUAAUUAGCGAGCAUGGCGACCACACAGUGAUACGAUUUUUUUUUAUAUAAAAAAACAAAAAAAAUAGAAAACAAAAAAAAAAAAACAAAACAAACACAACACCACAUCGACGAUAACGUCUCAACGCGUUAUUUGUAACACAUCGUUCCGUGCGCCCUCGACGCGUCAUCAAAGGGCAUUUGGAUUCAUUUUAAAUGUUUCUGUACAAGAUAGAAUCCAAUAAUCGGACUGAUGUGCAGCCUAGGGUUCAAAACACGCAAUAGUCCAUCGCAGAAAACGUCAUUGCGUUGGGGCGAUUGUUGUUCGCUACAAUUCUGAGCUUAUAUCAGAACAAAAGAGAGCAGUAAAAUCGGUAUCAAAGAAAAAUCAAUACAGUGAACCGAGUUUACGUUUCGUGAAAGUUACCUAAAAACCUGUUAACAAAAAGUGUUUCAAUAUACAUAUCCUAUAUUUGUUUAAAUUUUGUUGAAUACAUUUUUAUCGAAAUUUUUUUGCUGUGAAAAAUAAAAAUCGGAAUAAAACCAAUACGACGUUCUGUUACUGAGAAUGUGUGAUAACGCGCGAGUAGUAAAUCUGUACUGAGUUCCAGCGUAGAUCGAAAAGAAAAAAAAAGAGAACCGAUCGUCGAGGGAAAACGAAUUUUAUCAGAAGGACUUGAGACACAGAACACUUAGUCCGACAAACAUUGCCCAAAAUGAACGUCGUUGGCGUCAUAUCCAUAGUGUUCUUCUACUGCUUGAUCCUGGCGGUCGGGCUAUGGGCCGGGAAAAAGAAGCAUACUGGGAACUCCGAGGAAGAGGUCAUGUUGGCUGGCAGGAACAUUGGACUAUUCGUCGGCAUAUUCACCAUGACGGCGACUUGGGUCGGCGGAGGAUAUAUUAACGGGACAGCCGAGGCGAUUUUCACGUCAGGUUUGCUGUGGUGCCAGGCUCCGUUUGGAUACGCAUUGAGCUUGGUCUUCGGUGGAAUAUUUUUUGCCGACCCGAUGCGUAGACAAGGGUACGUUACUAUGUUGGAUCCACUUCAGGAUUGUUUCGGCGAACGUAUGGGUGGAUUGUUGUUUUUGCCCGCCCUUUGCGGCGAAGUGUUCUGGUCCGCCGGGAUAUUGUCUGCACUGGGCGCCACGUUAAGCGUAAUCAUCGAACUGGACCAGGCCACCAGUGUCAUCUUGAGUUGCUGCAUUGCCGUGUUCUACACGAUUUUCGGCGGACUGGCUAGUGUCGCUUACACGGACGUCAUACAACUGUUCGCCAUAUUCAUCGGACUGUGGUUAAGCGUUCCAUUCGCAUGGUACAAUAAGAAAGUGGACUUCAACAAGCCCGGUUUAGACCUGGUAGGUGAGAUCAAAGGGAAAGACUUCCUCAGCUACAUUGACUACGCGUUGUUGUUGGUGUUCGGUGGAAUCCCAUGGCAAGUGUACUUCCAGCGAGUGUUGUCUAGUAAAUCGGCAUCUCAAGCUCAAAUACUAUCAUACGUCGCGGCUUUCGGAUGCUUUAUCAUGGCAAUACCGCCGGUUAUCAUCGGAAUGGUAGCCAGAGCUACAGAUUGGAAUCAGACAAAGUACGACGGACCUUGGCCGAUGACCCCGAAGGAAACCAGCAUGGUGCUGCCUAUGGUCAUGCAGUAUCUCACCCCUGACUGGGUGGCAUUUUUUGCGUUGGGCGCGAUCUCCGCAGCUAUCAUGUCUUCGGCCGACUCCAGCGUCUUGUCCGCCAGUUCCAUGUUCGCCCGGAACAUCUACCGGAUGCUGUUGCGGCAAAGCGCUUCGGAAAUGGAAAUCGUGUGGGUCAUGCGGUUGUCCAUCGUGGUCGUUGCGUUCUCGGCUACAACCAUGGCCAUUACUAUCCCGUCCAUUUACGGUCUGUGGUCUAUGUGCUCUGACCUAGUAUACGUUAUCCUGUUCCCGCAGCUAAUUAUGGUAGUGCACUUCAAACACCAUUGCAAUACGUAUGGCUCGCUGGCCGCUUACAUAGUCGCGUUUUACAUACGAAUGGCCGGCGGAGAACCACUGCUGGGCCUGAAGCCAAUGAUACAUUUCCCCGGGUGGGACGGUGAAAAACAGUUGUUCCCGUUCCGGACCACCGCCAUGCUCUGUUCACUGUUCACAUUGGUCUUCGUCUCGUGGUUCACAAAAUGGUUAUUCCACAACGGUAUGCUGGCACCACAUUACGAUUGGUUCCAUUGCGUGGUAAACAUACCAGAAGACGCAGUGCGCGUCGGCGAGCCUAUCGAAGGAGAACAGAUGACCACAUUGACUUCGGGUCCCAAGGGAGCGCAGUACGGCGCGGCGGUCACCACCGGUCUGGUGGGCAAAGAUGAACGCAACGGCAGAAUAAACCCUGCGUUGGACAUAAACGACGACGAGCCGAGUGCCACCACGGCUCUACAGAGAAAAGCCAGCGUCGUGGGAAAGGUGUACAAACAGGGAUACGAACAGACCACCGGGUUUUGAAUAACAUAUCGAUCAGAUCUCAUAAGUGACGCUACGCCAUCUCAACCCCCAUUGGUAGGAUUAUGAGUAGUCGCCCUCUAAAAAAAAUCAUAUCAUUAUUAUAUAUGUAUAUAUAUAAUAUUAUUAUUACUAUUAUUAUUGAUUACGGAAACAAUGAUAAAUCAGAGAUAAAAUACAACCAUUUAUGGUAUAAUAUUAUCAUUAUACCGUUCCCUCUCGUACGUCUUGUACCCACCACUCCUCUUGUUUUUUUUCUAGCGAAAUUCUAUGGACACGACAACACUUAUACGUUUCUCACACGUUUUGUGUUGUUUGACUGUUAUUUAUAUGAUAUUUAUUAGAGUAUUAGAAUGAAUGAAAAAUAAAUUCAGUAUUAGAAAACACUUUACCUGUCACACGUUUGAGUAUUAUAUUAUGUAUAUUAUACUAUACAACCUAUAUCAGUGUUGAUUCUUCCAAAGAAAAAAAAUAAAUAAUAA